AGAUGUGUCACUUAUCAUUUCUGAAUGGAGCUCCACUUGAUGCCAUUUCUCAAUUUAGAAAUCAUGUGGAUAUAUUUAAAAAUAAAGUUGGCCAUCCAGAAUUGGCCUUUGAACACAGUGCUUGGAUGUCAAAACAAUUUAGUCAUUUUGGAGAUUUAUUUGAGGAAGCUGUACAGCAAGGCUUGGCUGCAAUACAAACACAACAUCCAGGAUUUUAUUACCAACAAGCAGCAAAUCAUGCUUCAAAUCGCAAGUCACUAUGCUACAAACUGUGCAAG